AUGGUAUGGAACCUGGUUCUACUGAAAACCAUAGCUGUUGUAUGUACAUUGCAUAUAGAUAAUACCAAUAAAGGCCUGAGCAAAAUAUGUAAAGAACUUUUAUUUGAGCUUCCAUGGGAUAUAGUACAACAGGAAUUUGAUAAGCAAACUGUGAAGGUCUUCUUGAGCCGUAAACUGAAUACCAAUUUGACUGUCAACUGUGAUGCAAAAAUUAAUACAUUUAAAGAAUACCUCAUGAAAGGAUCAUUUUCAACUCUGUCGGGUCAUCAUUUUAAACAGAUAAUGGAUACUAUUUUGGACACCAACAAUGAGUCUAAAGACUUCUUACAAGAUAUAUACAUAUGUUACUGGCCGCUUCAGAGUGACGAUAAUGAUGAAACAAGUUUACUAUUUUUCAGACAAUUUGUGAGUAAUUUUUCAUCCAUCUGUGUAAGUUGGGCUUUGUCAGAAGUGGCUCAGACGUGCAUAUCUUUAAAGUUAAGAACUGUAUUGGGAAAACCACAGGAGACAUUUACUAAAAUAGAGGGUGCGCUAAAGGGAAUUGCAAGAGAAAUAUCCUCCAACGAAACAAAAUAUGUCGCAGUUGAUUGUUCGAAACUUAUUGAAAUAGUUCUAUCAGAGCAGACGAGAGCAAGGUGGUUAAUAGAAUUUAUGAUGUUUCUUGAGAAAUAUACUUACAAUGCUGCAGAAGGAACAGCUACAGUUCUACCUGCCGUCGCGAAGCCGGUGAAAACAUUUUUUCACACGAACUGGGCAACAUGUCGAGAAUGGCAAAACAGAGUACGACCGGCAGCACUCGCCGUUAGUGUGUAUGGGGGCCAUUAUGGAGCUUCUAUUUAUCAUGCUUCGCUUAUACUACAAAAUGCCGCAAAAUCGGGCUCUAACAUCGAUAUAGAGGCCAUCGUAAUGAACGUCGCACGCACUCUAAUCAAGAUCCAAGAACCAGAAGUGAUACGAGGGCUUUAUGUUUGGGUUAAGCAAACUUUUAAACAAAAACUAUUGUGGCUUAAAGGUGCAGCAGAACAGGCUAACUCUAGAUACGAAUCAGCUGCAAACUUUUACACCUUACUCUGUGCCUCUAAAGCAGAAGAAACUAAGGAUGAUACUGAAAAUGCUCAAUCGGAUACAAAAUUAUAUAAGUUUGUUGAUGAGCAAAUAUACGAAAGUUACAAAAAUAUACAAAGUUGGGAGGAUAUGGAAGAGUGGAAAGAGAUGACAAACUCCAGGAGCAGUUCGCAGUGGGACUCUUUCAUAGAAUUAAAAUCGUUUGAAGAUACUCGUGAUAUGCCUGAGCUCUCAAACUGGAAUGUUUUGAAUGAGGAAUCCAAUGAACUGUCAAAAAAUUCAUGUUCACUUCAAGGUUUGCUUGAUAAGGUAGAAACGACCUUAGUACACACGGCAAUAAACUUGUCUUAUAAUAACGAUGGUGACAAAUACAACUCUUUACUUAAGAAUUGUGAAGAACUGUUAAAUACCAGUGCUGAAGAAUUUAUGCGAACCAACGCCACACAUUUCCUUAAAGAUGUAGCAGUAAUGCAAUUAGCAAACCAUGGUUUGAUGAAUAUUCUUAAGGAUGGGAAAUCAAUUACCAACCCUUUUAAACCGUCAGCUCUCAAAGAAAAUGUUUAUGGCACAGAAAUGAAAAAUCUAGCUCGCGUGCUGUGGUGGCAUCAAUAUUUCACAAAACUAAAUAUGUCUGAAGAAAAUAUUUACUAUAAUGAAUGUCUUAGGCUUGACGUCAUAAGAAGUGCGAGGAAACAUACAAAUUUCGAAAUGGCAAAGAGGGAAUUAUUAAAACAUUUUAAAAACAAUUCAGCAUUCCAAGCUUGUUUGAAUAUUGAAAAACUGGAAGACUUGAGAGACGUUCUUACCAUGUCUAACAAUACUUAUGACUUAGAUAUAUGGACCUUAAAUAAUGCAAGUGCGCUGACAGAACUUUGUAAGGUGACAUACGUUAAUGAAGAAUCAAAGGCAGAAGCUAUCAAUUUAUGUGCGAGCAUUUCUCUUGGAUUUUCACAAAGAUUAGCUAUGGGAGAACAAAGUUAUGAACUGAGGGAAAAGGGGACUAGGAUGUUGUUGACUUUAUCUAAAUGGGUACAAAAUGAAAAUGAACAUAUAUUAGAAAAUGACACUCCUUUGACGAAACUGGUGCAAGCACUACCAGAGAUUGGACUUGUUGAUAAUAACAUAUCCGAAAAUGUUAUUCCCCUUACUGAUUCUGCAGUUGGAAAAUUGUUACAAUUUGGUGUCAAUCAAUGUCCAGGCUUGGCCAAAGCAUGGGCAAGCUUUGCCGCUUGGUGUUUUAGAUGGGGUCGCAAGAUGGUAGAAUUUAGUUCUAAAACUCGAGAACAACUUACUGAUAACGAUAAACUACAAAUACAAAGUGUUAUGAUGGGAUGCUCUCAGCAAGAUUUUGAAGCAGUAUGUGAGAUUUUGUCAAAAACUAAAGCCACUUGUGAUGAAGAAGAUAUCGAUUGGAAUGAGAUAAACACAUCUGAAAUGAUAGAAAACCAAUUGCGUACUGUCCCCUCCUUGAACAACGCGUUUCCAGAACACCUCGCGUUGCUAGUGGAUAUUUGGCGUCAAGCUCAAAAGCGAGUGUUUUCCUAUUUCGAAUUGUCAGCAGACGCGUACUUCAAGUUUUUGCAAUUAAUAUGUGCCUCCGACUAUAUUAACCAUAGUGGAGAAAACGCUGUUGUCAACGCAACACUUAGACUUCUUAGACUGAUUGUCAAACACGCUAUGGAGCUACAAACAGUGCUAGAAUCUGGCUUAGCAAACACACCUACUCAGCCAUGGAAAGUCAUCAUUCCACAACUAUUUUCUAGACUCAAUCAUCCGGAAACGUAUGUCAGAAAGUGUGUGUCAGAUUUAUUGUGCCGGUUAGCGGAAGACACCCCACAUCUUAUCACAUUCCCGGCAGUAGUUGGGGCAGUUGAAAAUGAACAGAAUAGUCUAACGGAGCUACAUGUGCCGAAGUCAUUCCUAUCCAACGAAGACGCUGACAGUGAUGAUGACAACUUAGACUUGGAGGAUUCUUCUAGUGAUAAAGUAAAUAAUGAAUUAAAUUCCUGUUUCUUGGACAUGGUAGAAACAUUAGCAAAGCAAGCUCCACAAACUAUCUUGGAAGUUAAGUUACUGGUAAAGGAAUUGCAACGAAUCAAUCUUCUGUGGGAUGAACUUUGUCUUGGCACUCUGGUACAACAUCAUUCAGAAUUUACCAAACGCCUGAGUCAACUAGAAACUGAAAUCGCUAAAGUAAAGAACAAUGCAAAUUUAUCUGCAGAAGAAAAAGAGAAAUUAAUAAAGGAAAAACACCGAAUUAUAUUCGAACCCAUCGUGUUUGUUUUAGAACAGCUCAAUCACAUAACAUCUGCUAAACCAGAAACUCCACAUGAAGUCGCUUUCCAAAAUAAGUUUCAGGCUAUGAUAGUCGACGUUAUUGAUAAAUUGAAGAAUCCUGAAAAUCCUGAAAAGCCACAAGAAUCCUGGGCGUCCUUAAAACAACUUCAAAUUAAAUUACAACAAAAAGUAAACAAAAGAACUUCUUACAUUCUAAAAAUGUCGGACAUAAGUCCGGUUUUAGCUGAAAUGAAGAAUACAGUCAUCACGAUGCCCGGCCUUCAUACGAAUCAACGUACGGUGAGGAUUACAAUCAAAUCAAUUGAGAACAAUGUCUCUAUUUUACCAACUAAGACAAGACCGAAAAAAUUGGUGUUUUAUGGUUCGAACGGAAAACCGUACACUUAUUUGUUUAAGGGAUUAGAAGAUUUGCAUCUGGAUGAAAGGAUAAUGCAAUUAUUAUCGAUCACGAACACUAUGCUAGCUCGGGACUCCGAAAAUAACGACAAUCAGACUUACAGAGCAAGACACUACUCCGUCAUACCUCUCGGACCUCGAUCGGGAUUAAUAAGUUGGGUGGACAACGUGACACCGCUUUUUGCGUUAUAUAAACGUUGGCAAAACCGCGAGGCAGUCAUUCAGUCUACGAAAACAAGCAAAACUGUCAACGUGUUACGUCCCUCUGAACUAUUCUACAACAAGCUCUAUCCCCUGUUAUUUGAAGCGGGAAUAUCUACUGAGAAUAGAAAGGAGUGGCCCGUUCCUAUACUGAAGCAAGUGUUACAAGAACUGUCGGCCGAGACACCUCAGGAUCUGCUGUGGAGGGAACUGUGGUGUAGUAGUCUGAACCCGGAGCAGUGGUGGCAAAUGACGCGCCGGUACAGUUACUCGGUGGCCGUCAUGAGCAUGAUAGGGUACAUCAUCGGGCUAGGCGAUAGGCAUCUGGAUAACGUGCUCGUGGACUUGACUUCGGGUGAGGUGGUGCAUAUAGACUAUAAUGUGUGCUUCGAGAAAGGGAAGACGCUGCGUGUGCCGGAGAAGGUGCCCUUCAGGAUGACGCCCAACAUAGUGACGGCGCUCGGAGUGACCGGAGUCGAGGUGAGUCCUUGA